AUGUUACUAUCGACCGUCCACAAGGCACCCGAGACAGAAAACAUCCAGCGCGAAAACGCCACGAUCCUGAGCUUGUGUCGGAACGAGGACCUGAACGGGAUCAUCUCGUCGAUCCAGAACCUGGAGGACCGUUUCAACCGCCACUUCAAUUACGACUGGGUGUUCCUUAACAAUGUUCCUUUUUCGGAGGAAUUCAAAAAUAAGGUUUCCGCCAUGGUGUCGGGCGAGGCGAAGUUCGGGCUGAUUCCUGAGGAGCACUGGUCGUACCCCUCGUUUAUAGAUCAGGAAAAGGCCAGACAGGAGCGCGAGCGGCUGGCCGACAUGGGGAUCAUCUACGCCGAUUCCGAGAGCUAUAGACACAUGUGCCGGUUCAACUCGGGCUUCUUCUACAAGCACCCGCUGCUGCAGCAGUACAGGUACUACUGGCGCGUGGAGCCGGAGGUGGACUUCUUCUGCGACUUCGGCUACGAUCCGUUCAGGCUGAUGCGCGAGCAGCACAAGAUAUACGGCUUCACCAUCUCGAUCUACGAGUUCCGGGCCACGAUAGCCUCGCUGUGGGACACGGUGCGGGCGUUCUUGAGCAAGAACCCGGACGCGCAGCACCCGAACGCGCUCGUGGACUUCAUCUCGGACGACAACGGCGACUCGUACAACCUGUGCCAUUUCUGGUCGAAUUUCGAGAUCGCAGACAUGGAUUUCUGGCGGUCCAAGGUGUACGAGGACUUUUUCAGCUAUCUGGACGCCUCGGGCGGCUUCUUCUACGAGCGCUGGGGCGACGCGCCCGUGCACUCGAUCGCCGUGUCGCUCUUUGUGGACCGCGACAAGAUACACUUCUUCGACGACAUAGGAUACAACCACGGGGUGUACUCGAUGUGUCCGCUCGACGACAACGUCUGGGUCACCAACAGAUGCAGCUGCAGCAAGAGCUCGGACUUCACGUUCCGCGGGUACUCGUGCGGCCAACGGUACUACAAGGUCACGAAUCGCGCGCUGCCUCCGAACUGGAAAGAGUAUGCAGAUCUAUAG